CUGUUGUCAUGGUUCUGCUACUUAAAUAACAUAUACUAACAAAAUCUAUCUGUCGUGUUGCGUAUGAAUAAAAUUUUGUGUAGAAAAUGAUGAGAAAUUCGAAGUAAAAUUAUAUAUGUUGUUGAUAAAAACAACAUCGACCUCACAAUGUGUAGCAAUCAUGAUAAGACCAUCGCAAAAGAAGCAACUCAGGAAGAGUUUUGGAAAAGCAUUAUCAACAAAUAUGAAGACCGAAAUGCAAACUUGGAAUGUGACUUGAAUCAACUCCGUCAACGUGUUAACCAAAUGGAUGCGUCUAUGCCAGCCGUGAUGACAUACAACAUGGCUAAACUGGCUAAAGAAGGACCAUCUACUGAUAUUAAUAACCUCGUACAAUCAUCAUGCGUGUGUGCUUCAUGCCCUAAUGAUGAACCACAACCCGCACAACCGCUUAAAUUACCCGACAUGAGCAAAAUAUCAGUGUUUUCGAUUGAAUCUGCUGACAUUUGUUACAUGGACAAAAUUAAACAAUUAACCGAAAAAGAAAAAUCUCUGAUAAACGAAGUGAAUACUUUGAAAGCCAAAGAAAAAGCUCUGAAGGAUGUACAAGCCAAAGUCGACAAACUUUCUAAUUCAAAAGGAGGAGAAGGUGUCACAGUACGGAGUCAAGAUGUUGGGUCCAUGAAUGAAAGUCUCGUAAAAGAGAAUCAAAGAUUAUAUGAUGAAUUAGCCGAUUACCGACUGGAAUUGAAACAUUUACGUGAAAAUCUAGAAGGGCCGUUUCAAAGAGAAUUAGAACGCGAGCGGCGGAAAAAUAGUGCAUUAGAGGAUGAUUUAAGACGCAAAGACAAAGAAUGUGAAGAUAAACAUUGCAGCACCGUAAGAGAAUCAGCACUUCUGAAAAAACAACUGGAAGCAAAUGAAGCAAACCUAAAAGACAUGCGUGAUAUUAAUUGCAAGUUUAGAGAAGAGAUUACAUUCUUAAUCAAACGCAAUGAACAACUACAAAGUGAUUUGAUCAAUCAGAAAUUAAGCGAAGCUACAACUCUUGCGUUGAUGAAAACAGAACUAGAAAAAAAGAAGAAAAGGAGAGCUUCUAGUCGGUCGUCAUUUUGCACAUGCAAGGAUUCUGACUCUAGUGGUGGUGAUUCUAAAGGAGGUGGUAGACUUGUUGCAACUCAACAACCUCAACAACCUACUGUGACUCAAGUUGUUUCCAAUGCAACUGCAACAUUAGGAGAGAAAACAGAUCAAACUGAACAAACCUGUCCUGAAACAUGUUCUAAAACAACAUCAAAUAAAUCAUCUCUAAUUCAGAAGUCAACACCAGUCCAAAUUGAGAGUAAAGAAACGCCACAGGAUAUACCAGUACGUGGACCACAAGAAUGUCCUUGUAAAUUACCCUCCGAUGCAGAUUUAUACAAGAUUGCUAGAGAUUUGAGUCAGGAGAUUGAGAAUGCCAAAGGGGACAAAUCAGUUCCAGAUACAUUGUUAGAAACAGCCUGUGAUAUAAAAGAUCUUUGUGAUUUAAUAGGUAAAACAUGUACAAACAAAAUUUGCAUCGAGGCAGGCAAAUCUGAAGUUGCAAGUGUUGCUAAAAGCACGAGCAAACCUUCAAAGAAAUCUAAAGAAUCUGUAUGCAUAUGUGUUUUGGACGGUGAAUGCGCGACAACUACAAAAGUGGAAACUCCACGUUCCGCAAGAACAAGUAUUGAAAAAGCAGCAAGCAAUCGUUCUCCAUCUAAAGAUUCUGAAUGUGUUUGUGGAUGGGCCGGUGAAUGUGAAUCCAAAAUAUCUGAUAAAAGUAACACACCACCAGAAUCUGGUGAUCAAGAUGAUGAGUGCAUUUGUGGAGCGGUCGGUACCUGUCUGGAUGAUGAUCCAGGUACAUCAGCAACUCCUGGGAAACAACAUGAAACAUCGAUUGAUUACACCUUACAGUGUGAUACUAUAUGUGAUAAUGCUGUUACGGAUUCGAAUCAAAUUUCAUGUGUGACUAAGAAUACUGCAUGCGCAGCUAACAUUGUUCAAACGCAUACAGAUGGAGUUAACGUCACAACGACUUUUGCUAAUCCUGGACUUAUAGAAGUGGUUACAGAAAAUAAAGAUGGAACUAUUUCGACUUCCAUGGUUAUCAAUGACGCUGGGAAUAUUGAAGUUAUCACUGACGUGUGCAAAAAGAACAAUUGCAAUCAGAUUGAUCUUGUUAUUGAAGAUUAUCAUUCUACUGGUGAUGGUAGCAGUGGAGGACGUAGUUCACAUACCGAAAAUGAUAGCGCAUCAAAGGAAGUAUGUAGAGAACAAUGUCUUGAAUGCGCCUCACCUAAUAUAGAUGAUAAACUUGAUACUAAACGGUCAUCAAAUGAAGCAGCUGGUGAUUUUGUUGAUGUAAAAAGGAAAUCUUCCAAAAUUGAUUCUUAUCUUUUGGAGAUGUGUCCGAGUGCUCCUUUAGGAUUCAUCAAUGAUAGAUGCGUAACAGUUGCGUAUGUUCUAAAUGAAGGGGCGGGGAAAACUGAAGGUGCUGAAGAGCAAAAUGAACAUGAACAUCAACAUGAUUCGCCUAAUAUUAUAAGUCCACAUGCAUCAGAGUAUUCACAUGGAGAUUCAGAUUCUAUGUCUGAGAUUAUCUACGUGGAUGAUUGUGGUGUGGGAACAUCAGAUGGUAUUUUAGAUCAUGUAGAGUUAAGCCCUCUUGCUCGCUUUUCAUCGGCCACAUGUGAUAAAUUGGCUGUUAUCCAAGAAGUAGAUGAACGUCAUAAUACUUUACAAAUUGGAUCGCGCAACAAAAAACAAGUUGAUAAAAUAGCUUCUAAUAAUACUAAUGAUGGAAAUAGAGUUCUGCAUUCAGAUGUGUCAAAACCAGAAGUAAUAUCACUUCCAAUGCCAAUGACUUGCUGCCCGUACCACGGUUUAAAAUUACCAAUUGCUCAAUGCCUCAAUGAAUAUAAUGCAUCUAAACCUGUUAUAGUGGAAGUAGACAACAUAUUGUUGAAGCCUAUUGAACCUGAUUGUAUUUUUGAUGAGUAUUUCUUCAACAAACCUGUAAAUACUCCAAAGAUAACAAAACCAGCCAAAGACGCAACGACUGCUAUGUGUCCUUAUCAUGGACAUGGAGGUUUCGUCGAGAAUAAAACCGAAAAAAGUCAAAACAUUUUAGGAUUAUUGACUAACCUGGCCACACUUCCAUUGGCAAUACCUAGACCUGAGCCUAGUGUAUUUCCUGUUAUUUCAGAUCAAAGAUAUUCCAAAGAUCAAUCAAUGGCUAGUAGUCGUCCAUCGCGAGAAGUACGAUUUGAUGUUAUUCAACAAUGUUCAAGUUCAGCACUGAGCAGCAAUAAUUUCCCAGUUCCUCAAAGUUUGUCGUGUUUUUCGAAUAUUUCGGAGUAUCAAACUUGUGUUAAUCCAGAUGCUCACACUUUUGCGUAUUCACCAAAUACGUAUAAUGCAGAGGCAUGUUCUUGUGCAUACACUGGAGCAUCACCAGCUUCGUCAAUGCAGCCAUCUGCUUGGAGUAUUACCGAAGACAAUAAAAAUGUUCAACCACAAUCUGUUAAUAUACAGUUGCGUUAUGACGUUUUGCCAGAAAUUCGAGAAGAUAGAACUCAGUCGAUUCAGUCAAACACACAGGUUGACGAGUCUUUUAUGUCUGCGCCAAAAACAGGCAGAUAUCCGAAUCCUUCAACAAAUUAUCCGUAUAUUAAAUAUGAUACCUCAGUAUUGAAUUCACGUGGUAUAAAGAGAACUUCUAUGGACCGUACAUCUCAUACUAGAUUAGUUACUCCACGAACUGAUCCAGAAGGGCCGCCACAACCUCCGAAGCAAGUGAUGUUAAACUCUAAUGCAAAUGUUCGUCAAUCGUCGUUUGAAGCAACUGACAAUGAUUUCACGUCGCUGGAUAACACGGGACGCUAUGCCACAUCUUCCGCUUUUGAAAAUCUUGGUGAUUUUCCUGGUGGGUCCAAAAUUGUUGUGGUACCGCAAUCAGUUAUUCAAGCAGGGACAAUAAACGAUUUUGAACAAGUUACUAUACCAAAAGAUUUAACUCAGCAUAAUCCGAAUGUUCAGACUUCGAAUGUUUCUGGACAAAUUCGUUCUUGUUGGAAUACUAAAUUCACAUCUCAGAAAGCACCAUUUGUACCACUUGACUCCAAGUUAGCAAAAUACAAUAAGAAGAUUAACGAAAAUACUGAAUUUGUCCCUAAAGCCUGCUAUUGUGUAAAAAAUCAAUCUGCUCCAAUUUCAAACGUACCUGAGAAUCAAAUGCAACAAAAUGUAUCACUUGUAAAUCCCAUUCAGCAACCCCAAUUUGCUUCAAAUUUACCAAAUGGUCCUACUUUUCGUGAGUGCAAAGAAAGCUGUAAAGCUGUAUGCUCUGCCAAAAAUUUACAGCCAAUCGAUGCAAACAGUAAACCAUGUUUGCCAACUUGCGGAGGUCCGUGUUCCCAGCAACACAUAGUAUAUACUGGGGCAGGUGCUCAACUACCACUACAACAAAAUGAGAUGAAGAUGACUCCAUCAAGAAACGUAUGUGUGAAAGCCUGUACUGCAGUGUGUUCCAAUACAAAUACGGUAGAUACUAAUAUGACUGUGAAAUCUAAGCCAUGUGUGCCAAGUUGUUCAGCUAUUUGCAGCAAAACGUCAUCAGUUAAUAGAGGGAUGGCCUUAUCCUCUUCAGGUGUUUGUGCAAAGACCUGUAUAGGAGUUUGUUCUAACACCAAUACCAAUAUGAAUACUAUUACCAAUACGUUAGGAACGGAUAGACCUUUUGAACCCAGACCUUGUCUGCCAAGUUGUUCAGGUGUUUGCAGUAAAUCAUCAACGCUUAACAAAGUGAUGGAUUUAACCUCAUCAGGUAUUUGUGCAAAUACUUGUACUGGAAUUUGCUCAAAUAGUAAUACACGAGCAAAUGUAUCAGCAGGCACUUCAAGAAUAUGUCAAACAAGUUGUACAGGGGUUUGCGCUACUCUGGGACAAGACAAAACUGAUGAAAUAUUCACCAAACCAGGAUCACCUGGUUCUAAAGGAAGAAUUUGUGAUAGGACGUGUACUGCAGUUUGUUCAAACACAAACAGAUACGGAACUCAAAGGGCACCACAAUCACCUAAUCAAAGUAUUGAUUCUGGUUAUAUUGGCAUUUGUACGAAAACUUGUACGGGUGUUUGUUCUAAGAGCAAUUCUUACCAACGUCAAGAUGAUAUGGUUAUGGAAUCCCAAGGAACGUGCUCUCCAGACUGUACAGGGGUUUGUGCUCAAUCAUCUACAACUAAUAGAAGAAUGGACACUGACACUUCGGGUGUUUGCGAGAGGACCUGUACUGGUGUUUGUUCUAAAACCAAUGCAUAUCAAGGUGAUGUUGGUAUGGAGCAAAGAAUAUGCUCCCCAACCAGUAGAAGAAUAGACACAAAGGCUUCUGGUAUUUGUGACAGGACAUGUACUGGUGCAUGUGCUAUAAACAAUGCAUAUCAAGGUGAUGGUAUGGAGUCAUCAAGAACAUGCUCUCCAGAUUGUACAGGCCCUUGUGCCCAAUCCUCACCUAAUCGAAGAAUCGAUCUAACCUCUUCUAACAUUUGUGCGAAGACUUGUACUGGAUCUUGCUCUAUUGCUAAUGCUUACAAAAAUAAUAUGGUUUCAACCUCUUCAAAUACUUGUUUCCAAGAUUGUACAGGAAUUUGCGCACAAUCAACAGGCAUUAAUAGAAACAUGGAUUCCAGCACAACAACCGUUUGUGCACCAACGUGUACUGGUGUUUGUUCUAGUAAUAAUGGAUAUCAGGGAGAUGUGGUGAUGGAAUCUUCACGAACAUGCUCCCCAGAUUGUACAGGUGCCUGCGCUAAAUCAUCAACGCCCAACAAAAAAUGGAAUCAAUUUCUUCAGGCACUUGUGCCCGAACUUGCACAGGUGUUUGUUCCUCUAAUAAUGGAUACCAAGGUGAUGUCGUUAUGGAGUCUUCAAACACUUGCUCCCCAGGUUGCACAGGUGUCUGUGCCUUAAAU